CUUUUGUGCUUGCCUUGAUUCCAAACCCAUCGCUGGUAGCCUCCCCCUACAGCCACAACAAUCUCUCCUGCCCCUCCAAGUAUUUUUCGUCUUUCACAAAACGAUUAACACGAACCUCUGCUAGGACUUUGAUCCUACCCGAACUUCUCGUCGUAAUGGAUACCCACGAUGUCUCGAACGACCCGACUAUCGCGCAGCUUAUACGCAAGCAGCAACAGACACUUUUGGACGCCCAAUUUCGCGCGGGGCAGCGCCCUUCACCAAAGAAUGACCGAGCUGCGACCAUACUGGAGUUCCAAUUCAAGGUUAUGAUGACGAACGAAGCAAUAGCAAAUGGUUCCUAUAACCGUCACAUGGGGUAUUCGUUCGUCCCGCCGCCUUAUCCUCCAUGUGUCCAACCAUUGUGCGACCUUUCCAAAAUCAUGAUCGAUGAUCUUCGGCUUGAGACUCACCACAGAGGAACUUACUUGAUACUGCGGUCAGUCACCGCUCAGUCACGAAUGACAGCUGUCAUGAGUAUUGUGGAAGACGAGAACGGCGAUGUCCUCUUGCUGCAGCUGUACCAUCAAGAUGGAGCUGAAGGGGAGGCGUCAGAAGACAUCUUGGUGGAAGGGAGAGCCUUGAUCGUCAAGGAACCGUACCUGAAGUCGACAGCCAAUGACGGCUACGGCCUCCGUGUCGACCAUCCAGGCGACAUCAUCUUCCUACCAGCGGGCGAUCCACGGAUUCCCGGUUGCUGGAAACAGGAACUGCAAACAGACAGUGCUAUGGCCUGGAAAGCGAAGGGGAACGAUUUCUUCAACGAGUCAAAGUUUCGUUCUGCCAUUGAGUGUUACACUCAAGCUUUGGGCUGUUCUCCGACGCCAGAAGAGGCGCACACCAUCAAGCUGAACCGCUCGCUUGCCUUCCUCAAGAUGGAGCAGUUUGAUGCCGCUCUCGCUGAUAUCGAAUCUACGCCGACUACCCCCAACCCUUCUGAGAAAGCUCUAUUCCGCAAGGCCCAAGCCCUAUACGGCCUUCGCCGGUUCCGAGAAUGUUGCGAAGUGCUCAAGGUCCUUCGCAUGGAGUAUCCCCAAAAUACAACAGCCAAAGUCGAACUGAAUCGAGCGAUCAGGCGACUCGCGGAAGAAACGACUGGAAAGUACCAGUUUAAGGGACUCCACGCUGAAGCUGCUAAGCUUCGCCCACCACAUCUGGAUCAUGCCACGUAUAUCGGUCCGGUGACUGUCAAAGCAACGGAAUCCCGUGGACGCGGACUAUUUACGUCCCAGGCGGUUAAGGCUGGCGAUCUUCUGUUAUGUGAGAAGGCAUUUGCCCACGCAUUUGUCGAUGAAGACGGGAGCCCAAGCAGCGACAAAAACACCAUGCUGUUAGAUGUAGGGGGAAAGACUGCAGUCAUGGGAGGACAGCCAAAGUUGAUCGAUAUGAUUGUCCAAAAGCUCUACCGAAACCCUUCUCUGGCUUCGUCAAUAACCGACCUCUAUCAUGGCUCGUACGAACCCGUCGAUGCUUCACACGUCGACGGCACACCUGCCGUUGACACGUUCCUUGUCAGACGGAUUGUGGCCCUGAACUGCUUUGGGUGCCCCCUCUCGAGUAGGGUAGGAAUGCACCGCAAGCGUGGAAAGAGUGUUGACGGCAGGAUCCAAAAAGGGGCAGAAAAUGACUUCUUCCACUCUUGUGGAAUUUGGUCGAUGGCGUCGUACAUCAACCACUCCUGCUACAGCAAUGCUCGAAGGUCAUUCAUUGGGGAUAUGAUGAUUGUCCGCGCGACAGGGGACCUUGCAGCCGACACCGAGGUUACGUUCUGGUAUCACGCACCCGACCUCAACGGCUAUGUUGAGCGCCAGAAAAAGUUUCGCCACUGGGGCUUUAUGUGCGACUGUGCUAUAUGCCAGGAUGACAAUGAAUCGGGCGAGAGCUUGCUCGCAAAGAGAAGAAGCUUAAGGGACAGUCUAGAGAAACGCGUCCGGAUUUUCGAGCAAAAGGGCACGGGCGCUGCCAGAGUUGAGGCCCUCCUGGCGGCGCUGGCGGAUACUUAUCGUCGCCCUGCUCACGAAGUGCCUCGUCAGGCCAUCUGGGAUUUGCAAGCAGCCUUCGCACGGGCGUUGUUGCUGCAGCGCCAGCCGGUUGAAGCAGUCCAACAACUAUUGAAGGCUCUGGCGUCCUUAGGAUAUGAGAUUGAAGGCGGUAACCUUCCGCGUGUUGCAAGUGAGGCACUGGUGGUUAGGCGAUGGGGAUUGAUGUCUGAUAAUGUCGCCGACUGUUGGCUGUAUCUGCGUGAUGCCUACCGAACGGUAGCUCCCGACCUGGCGGAGCGUGCUGAGGGGUAUGCAAGAAUCUCUUACCGGAUCGUGUAUGGCGAGGACGAAACGUUCGAGGAGUUCAGCAACUUGUGAGCUGAGCAAAGAAGAGCUAUUGUAGGCUAAGACUCCAGAAUUUCCGGCUGGUUUCGGCACAGGCACAGAUCUCAAGAUGUAGGGAUUUGAUGUCAUCUAGUUGUCGCUACAGGAUACUCUCUCAGGAUCCGGAUACGCAGGAGACGGCUUAUUCGAGGGUAACGAUCAAUGUAUGAUGUUAUUCUGUGACUUUCUCUUAGUUUAUAGUUUGUUU